AUGUCGAUCAAAGGAUGUCAAUGUGCUAGAAAUAUGGAAGAUAAAGACGCAAUUCAAUGCUUUCAAUGUCAACUUGCCUUUCACCAAGACUGUGUCGGAAUAAGUAAAUCAGCUUUCAAGGUUAUCAGUUCCGUGUCCAAUAUUAAGUGGUAUUGUGAUGAAUGCAUGAAACUACUUCCUGAUGUAAAGUCAUUAAAUAAAGCCGUGCGUGAUAGCAAUGAUGCGCUCAACACUAGAAUUGACAAAAUUGAUGAAUCGAACAAUUUGUUGAGGAGCGAACUUGAAGCUAUCAAAAGUUUAAUUCAGAGAAAUGUUGAUGGGGCGGAAAGAUUCGAUGGCACAGUUUUGAGUACUGAGCUGUGUAACCUUAAAAACGAUUUGAACAAGAGUUUUGCUGAUGCUGUCCGAUGCGAAGUGAAGAAAAAUAUUGAACUAGUUAAUGAUGAGGUAAAAAGUGUUCAAAAAACUUUAACCAAUGUAAAUGACAUGAAAGAAAGAGAGAAUAACAUAAUGAUGUUCAAUUUGCAAGAAACUGAUGAUGAUAAAGAUAGAGUCAAAGGAAUUAUUAAAAAGUUAUCCAGUGAAGUCAAGGAUCAGGAUAUUAAAAGAAUUGUUAGACUGGGUCCAAAAGCUGAAACUAAAAUUAGACCGGUGCUGAUUGAAAUGAGGAGUUGUGCAAUUAAAGAUUUAGUCUUAAAAAAUUCCUUUAAACUAAAAACUAUGCAUGAAGAUCUUGAUAAAGUAUGGAUCAGUCAUGAUUUAACAGUUGAUCAGUGUGCCGAGUUAAAAAAACUAAUUGAUGAAGCCUAA